AUGUCUGACGAAGAGAGAUCUAAUUUGAGUGGCGAGGAGGAAAAUGUUGACGAUUUGUUUGGGGAUGAUGUGGAAAACGAGGAGACCACCACCACGCAAAACCCCAUAGUUGAGGGAUCUGACGAGGAGGAGUCCAGUUCAGAAGAGACAGAGUCAAAAUCGCUAAAAACGGCGACGUUGACGUUGCCCAGGCACCCUGUCUCUCACAAGGCCGAGGAUGAUGCUUUCGUGAUCAAAAUGCCUGUGUUUUUGAAUGUGGAAGCACAUCCAUUCGACCCCAAUGAGUUCAAGGAAAGAGUUGCAAGGAACGCUGAGGAGAGAAACAAAAUCGGGUUGGACGCCAAGCAGCUUCAAAAUGAUCUUGUUGCAGAAAAGCUUCUCAACGAAAACACCAUCAGGUGGAGAUAUUCGAACAGUGGAAACGAUGAAAUCAUCAAACAAUCCAACGCCCAUUUCGUCGAAUGGGACGACGGCCUGGUGUCGUUGAAAGUCGGAAACGAGCUUUUUGAUUUCAAGAGUCAGCCGCUUAUUGACAACUUUUUGGCCCGCUCGUAUGUGGAGCACGAGAUUUUGCAGAACGAGUCCGCAUUGACCCGCUCAGCAAACCUUAUACCGGCAUCUACAUUCACAGAAACCCACCGUCGCUUGACUCAGGCAGUGAAGACGAUCCAGAAGAAGGACAAGAUUCUCAACACAUUGACCGAAAAGGACCCUAUGUUGAAACAGAGAUUGGCGGAUGAGAACGAGAGAAAGAGUCUCAAGGCCAAGAGACAGCUAGAGCAGAAGCGUCGUCUACAGGAAGAAAGAUUGGGCAAAGCAGAGAGCCCGAUGCCGGGAAGGUACGCGCAAGAGUCUGCGUAUGAGAGAUUUGAGAGAGCGUAUGGGGCAGACGAGUACGAUGAUGAGGAUGACUUUGUGGCCAACGAUGAUGAGGAGUUAGAAGUGGACGAAGAGGAUGCCGAGGCCGAGGAGGAGGAGUUUGAGCGUGGUGCUGAGCGUUUGAAAAACGUUAAGGAAUCUGGUGCGUCCAAGUAUAGAGAAGACUCCAGCGAGGAUGUGCUGAGGAAGAGAAGGCGAAUCAUUGACUCCGAUGACGAGGAUGAUGAGUAG